AUGGCUGGUGAUACAGCAUCUUCCUUCUCCACUUGCUUGGUCCUCUUCUUAUCUUUGCUCCUUGUUUCUCACUUCACUAUGGCCAUCCUAGAACAAAACUUCUCUCCUUUAACAUCAUCUAACAAAGAGGGUACCAAGAAGAGGAACACCAAGGUUGCUGCUUCAGCAAGAGAACACAGUGCACAACAUUCCAAGGAUAUGGCACUAGGAGAAAAUGGCAAAGGCAGCAUUCAUGUUCCAAAGAGAGAUCACUCUCAAUAUCCAAGCAGGAUCUUCAAUGCUAGUGCACAUGAAGUCCCAAGUGGUCCAAACCCAAUUUCAAACAGGUAA